UGUUGCGAUUAGCUGCCCCGGGAUGUCUAGCCCGUCUAGCAGCUGAGCAGUCUGAUAUUUCGAAGAAUAUGUAAGGGCCCGCCAUAGUAAGGUAGGCCUAUGAGAUGCAAUUAGGUUAACUCGAUUACGGUCGUCCUGGGCCUACGAGAUUACGAUGCAAUCACUGGCGUUCUUGUUACUUUGGGGAUUAUCACGUGUCGGAUGGAUUGCUGCGUCUUAUCCUGUCACAUCGGUCUCGCAUGGGUUAUCCAUCUUCGACCCGGUCACGGGAAAAUUAACAACUGGCAAAGCUUCAUACCUUUAUCCCUCGAUAUACAGCGGACGGCCAGCAUUCGACCACAAAAGCUGCCUCCACAGAUGCCACACCUAUGACCCUCGAAACAGAUAUCGAAGGCGGAUGUUUAUGCGCCACGGAAGGCAUCGGUACAGUUGGAGAAAACCUAAGCCCCAAGUUGCGAGAGCACACUUCGACAGAGUAGUCAAGCAGUGCCUUGACCAGUGUCGGUCGAAAGCUUUUCAGUGUAUGAAGAAAUAUUGCUAUGGCCCCUACAAUCCAAACUAUAAGGUCAAGGAGUGCGAUUGGUGGAAGCAGUGCUACGACAAACUGUGUCGCUGCAGCCAAUCACAGAUCAACCGCGGUCCAAGAUGUCGAGACAUGAUACCAAGAACGACGCCGAAACCGGAAUUGAUCAAACAGACGAGAAAAAGUAAAUACAUUGGGGAGAGAAAUGGUGCCGAAUCAAUCUUGGCUAGACUGUUGGGUAGGCAUCCAAAGAGGACGAGGCAGAGGACGAGAUCUGGGCGAUCGCGCCACAGAGGACGGGGUCAUGGCCGUUAUGGCAAGGAUAUUCGCGCCGCGUUGCGCCCUAAAUAACACUUGCGUGCAGUGUGAUAUAAUCAGGUGAGAUAGUCAUCAUAACUACAAAUAUCAUGUUUAAAACUCUGAAGAUCACCACCAGACCUAGAUUUAGGUAGGGGGAUGAGAAUUUUCGAUUACUUGCAUUGCGCCUAGCUAGGUAAGUUACGCCAAUGUUUUCGUUUACCUUCGUGAUGUUACAACCAGGGCCUGUAGCGCCAGGCCCGAAGUAACCGCCUCGUCUCCCAGGUCACUACUUCGGGAAAGUCAGGUGUUGUUACUGUGCAGUAGUGGAUUCUUUCACUAAGUGUAAAGCUUGAAAGAUCUGCAUUGCAGUUGUAUAUCUUUUUGUGACCUUUGUGAAAUCAGUGAUGUACAGUGUAGCUGCGACGUGAUAAGAUCUUCGUAAACAAUACUUAUGUACAGAUAACAGCAUACGUACAAAAUGUAUAGUCAAUGUUUAUAAUAUGUAUCUCUACUUUCAUCCAUAUUACUAUUAUAAGUGUUAACUUGAAAAAUCGACGAAUUUAAUCGUUCGUUCAAAAUUUCGAUUUGGCGGUACCUGGUGUUAGAAAUAGGAAACAGAUAUAGUUGGACCCGGAGUUGAACCAAUAGUAAAUAUAUAUGAACGAAUGGCGUAUACCCCUUUAAAAGAUUACAGUUUUAAAUGUUUUCCAGAUAUCUGUUAAGUGUUCUCUAAUUAUAGCUUGUCCGAUCUUGCAAACUUUGAAUGUUUUCAUACCAAUAAUUCUAUUGUCAACCUCUCGCCAGUGUUUGUCCUCACCAAUUGGACACAAAAGCCGUUGCGUAACACAAUACUCGACCAACCUGGGCGAAUUGACUUAACGUACCGAGACGUGACUAACCGCAAGAAAAUCACUACAUUUUGUAAUGUUAUAAAGCUUUGCGUGAGAUUAGGGUUUAGGCAGAUUGCUUUGAACCCUAAUGCAUGGAAUGCUACCCUUUUGUAUUGGACAUGUAAAUCACUGUCAUGAUAGUGCAUGAACGCGAGACACAGUUCUGCAAAUUUUCCAAUAUUUUGGUGAUAUAACGGACAUUUUUCUAUUCCUGGAUUAUCGUACGCAAACACUUGCUUUGUAAAGGAACUGGCGGGAAGUUAACAUGAUUCAGCGGGCUGGGCUCAUCAAGAAAAUCGGACUUGUUUCCGUUUUAUUGAUGUUUGUGUAUAUGGUUGUCAAAACGUUGUCAAAUGGAGUAAAUGGACCCCCGAUGAAAUCUCUUGAACAACCUAGAGAGCGCGUACGUCUCGAGUACAAGCCGGAAAACUACGUUCCGCCACCGGAUAUGAAGAUCCCGCGGAUCGUCCACGUCACGUGGAAGGAUAAUGUCCUACCGUCGGGGACGGUCCAGUGGGUAAAACGUUGGGCGACAACCAAUUCUGACUGGCAGGUGUGGUUUUGGACUGAUGCAGACGCAAGGCAGCUUGUCGCCAAGAAAUUCCCAAGCUAUUUAAGGCUAUUCGAUCGCUACCCUGCUCCGAUUUAUAAAGCUGACGCUAUGAGGUAUUUCAUCUUAUUCGAGUAUGGAGGCGUUUACGCUGAUUUGGAUGUUGAACCGUUGCGGAGCUUGAAUCCGUUACGCGAUCAAACCGCGUGUGUUCUUAGUCAAGAACCGGACGAACACGCCAAACUCCUUAACGAUGUCUUCUCGAAUGAUCAAAAGAUGCUGGCUUGUAAUGCGUUCAUGGCCUGCAGGACUGGACAUCCAUUCUUUUUGUCAGUGUUGAAAAACUUGGAGGCGAAUCAUAACUUAUCCGAGCGGUUCCACCACGCUCCUGGCCGGACAAUCAUCAGCACAGGGCCCGGUAUGUUGACGAAAAUGUAUACCAUUUACAUGAACAGGUCCCGGAAACACCUCGAGCAGUUCCCCGAGGACAAUGUUUGGCUGGCUCCCCCGGACUAUUUUACGCCAAUUUUCGACCCCAUCAAACUACAAAUGAUUAAGUUUAAAUGUGUCAGACAGUUUCAUCUCAUGUCACGCUUGAAGAGGCAGGUGUGUCUGAAAUUAAAAAGCCGUGAGUUCCAGAAUAUCCCGGGAGAGGUCGCUUAUACAAGCCAUAAUUGGUUCCAUUCGUGGUUAUCAGGAGAGGAAGGAAAGGAAGGACGGUCGGCAGGGUUUACUAAUCUCACACUACAGGAGAUUAUUCCCGGGAUAAAGGAGGCUAAAUAUCUUGUGGACCUUCAGCCCGAAGCUAAUGUGACUGGGUCUCGAUUCUGUAUACCGUUGAUCUCUGGAAAGUGCUAGUGGCGCCCCAACUUAUGCUUCCAUUGUAAAUACAUGUACGACUCUGCCUCGUCCACUCCAUGGACUUUAGUCAGAAUCACAAAUGCCAUUAGAAUGUUUGCUCCACUGGACAGGUGCUGUAAUACAUGUACAUGUACCCAUGGACAAGCAAAGUAGAUUCUUAAAAAAUUUGUUUUCUUUUCGGGUUCAAUGGUAAAUGCUGGCGAUGAGAAUAGUAAGAUUUCGAUCUCACACGGACUGAUAGUUACGUUUACGAAUACGUCCACGCAGUUGUCAUUUCCACAUACUUUCUGUUCUGACGAUUUAGGUACGACAAGCUUGGUCGAUUGGUUCUCGGAAUGGGAUAGCAAAAACUCAUGGGCUGAACUUGGACUGUACACGUACGUCGUCGUGUUUAUUCACGCCGAGAAUCUUUGCCACUUUCAUGUGCAAUAGUUAUGCGAAGUGUCACUCGGGCCUAUAUUUUCUUAGGCAACCCUUUACGAGCAUUUCGCUGAAGCCCCAGAAGGGUACUUUGUAGAUACACAGGCAUUCUUGGCAACAUUACUAAGAAAAAUAUUGGGUUUCGACUUAAUGUUGUGUUGACACAGUUGAAGUCGACUUGGUCUAAGGACUUCGCACGAUUAUUUGUAAAUCAAACACUUCUUUCUCAGUUUUCGAACAAUAGCUUCGGUUUGUGCAGUGUCAAAUCAGUACGGUUAUAGAUAGUAGUUCCGUAGCAGAUAAUUUUUUAAUUUUUAAUGUUUGGGUACAAAUUAAACGUGCGGGAUUUCGCUUGAUGCCGGUGUAGAAGUUAGAAAUAUCCUAUGAUAGAAUGUCCGUGGAACAAUGGAUUCUAUUUAUGUGCUGAAAUCUCUGAGCUAUUGACGGCCAUAACCUCUACAAAACCAUAUACCAAAAUCCGUCAGAAUGCGAUAGGGUCGGACUUUUUUUCCAGGGUGACGUUUUCUCCUUCUACACCGGCUCUGCACGACAGCCUCCUGAAAAACAGUGUUUCAGCUCUUGGAAAGCUUACUUUGUGUGAGGAGCACGCUGACUUUUUUGGCAUUGUACGAAUGGGACCGCUUACGCGAACGCCUAUCCCAUUGUUCGACCGCCUGAUAUCGAUGUCGAACAAUGGGAUAAGCGUUCGCGUUCGGGGCUUUGCGAAAACUCCCUAAUGACGAAACAAGGUUGGUGCAUAUUACCUUUGACGUAGUCUUUAUUAUCAGUCGUCGAGUUCUACAUGUAUAAAAUAAUGGUGAUGAUACAUUAUCGUUUGGUAAAAAUAAAAAUCACUACAAAUAUAGAUAAUAGCAAACAGAUGAAAGGCGCAACGUAUGUGAAACAUUGAAAACAACAUUUGCAACGAACGUGUUUCAGAAUUACAUGCAUCAUCGGGCACAGUGCUAUGUGACAGCGUGGUAGAGUACAUGUAGUAGUGAGGCACGGUGAAUAAACAUCACUGUCAGCCUUGUACCAAGUCACUGUGCUACGAAAGCCCAAAAGGCUCAAAUUCGAAUGUUAAAUUCGAAUUUGUUGGGAUGAGUCUUCUCGGUUAACAGUAACACUGAUGAAUAGCACCAGGUGAAGCACAUACAUAG